AUGAACGUCUUGCAGAGAUGGCCAGAACCAGUGGUGAGAGUGCAGUCGUUAUCAGAAAGUGGCAUAGAAGCCAUCCCGGACUGUUACAUAAAACCCAUCAUGGACAGGCCAUCGGUGGACGUGGAGGAGUCGAAUGAGGUCAAUAUCCCAGUCAUUGAUCUCUCAGGCCUCAACUCAGAUGAUGCAGCGUUGCGUAAGGCCACUUUGGAGCUAAUAUCCGAUGCUUGUCGUGCGUGGGGGUUCUUCCAGGUGGUGAACCAUGGUGUCAGCCACCAGCUCAUGGCGGAGACACAGAAGGUGUGGCGAGAGUUCUUCCAGCUUACGGUGGAGGAGAAGCAGAAGUACGCUAACUCACCGGAGACUUAUGAGGGCUACGGAAGUCGUGUUGGGGUGGUGAAAGGUGCCGGAUUGGAUUGGAGUGAUUACUUCUUCCUUAAUUAUCUGCCUGUUUCUUCAAGAGACGAAAAUAAGUGGCCAUCUCAGCCGUCAACUUGCAGGGAAUUGGUAGCAAAAUACAACGAAGAAGUGUUGAAACUUUGUGGCAAACUAAUGAAAGUUUUGUCCAUUAAUCUUGGAUUACAAGAAGAUUAUCUUGAAAAUGCGGUUGGAGGGGACCAAAUUGGAGCUUCCUUAAGGGUCAAUUUUUACCCAACGUGUCCUCAACCCGACCUCGCUUUAGGCCUCUCACCUCAUUCUGAUCCUGGUACUCUCACCAUCCUAUUGCCAGAUGAUCAUGUAUCCGGCCUCCAAGUCCGUAAAAACGAUGGUUGGGUCACGAUUAAGCCAAUCCCUAAUGCUUUCAUUGUUAACCUAGGUGACCAACUUCAGGUGCUAAGCAAUGGAAAUUACAAGAGUAUCGAGCACCGUGUGCUUGUUAAUUCGUUAAAAGAGCGAGUAUCGUUGGCCUUUUUCUACAACCCACGUGGCGACAUGGUCAUUGAACCUGCCAAUCAACUAAUAAUGAAGGAUGGCCCCACACAAUAUCAACCAAUGACGUUUGAUGAAUAUCCUGCUAACCUUCUCCUUCUCCGUCCCUUCUUCUUGCUGUUCGCCGCUGCCGCUACCGGAUUGGAUACGCCGCCGCUGCUGUCUUCAUUGUGGAGGUCGAAGAGCCCAGUCGUCGUUGUUCUUAUUGUGGCUGAGAGCGAAGCCACCGUUUGGGCGGCGUUCAGUCGGGAAGUGAUCACUCAUGCCGCCGCUGCUGUUGCUCGCGAGUCGUUGUACGCCACCGCACGACCGGACGUCGGGGAUAGAGAAGAACUCCAUGUGGGACGUUGGAGACCUGGUGACGGGAGUUUGAAUCGGUUAUGUGGUCAUGGGAGGGACCGGUUGGACCUGUUGCGGUGGGAUAUCGAUAUGAUCGUCCGUUGCCGCCAUUAG